GGCAGACCACCCCACCAACCAGUUGCUCAGGUUUUAUCGAAUGCAACGGAGAUAUGCAAAUUAUCACCAUUGUUUUUCAAGCGAAUUAUUGACGAGAGGGAGGCUAAUUUAAAUGAUCCACCUUAUUUCACCACUAGAGAUUUGGAAUCAUAUGGAGAAAAUACUGCGUCAUGCCUAUUAUAUUUGCACCUCGAGUCAUUGAAUGUAAGAGAUGUGCAAGCGGAUCACGCCGCAAGUCACAUUGGGAAGGCAAUUGGGAUCGCUACCAUUCUGAAGGCCUUUCCCUAUCUUGUUGGUAAAAAGAGAAUGUUAUUGCCUGCCGAAACAAUCGCUAAGGUGGGAGAAGAGAUAUUUCGAUCUGGCCCGGUGAAAGGACUCGAUGAUGCAAUAUUUGAAAUCGCUACCCUGGCUAAUGAUCAUUUGAUAACCGCCAGAUCAUUUCUAAAAGAU